AGCAGGAGAGAGAUAUGGUGAUGUUUUUUUGCCCGGUGCGUGGUGACAUCGAAUUUCUUUCCCGCUAGAACCGUGCAAAAAUCAAAGACCGCAAAAGAGUGAGUUUGUGGAAAGGUGGACCAACCGUGAACUACCGAACCACUGCAGAUAGAACCGUUUGAAGCGUCGUUUCUCUGUGAAGAAAACCCUGUUCGCGAAGAAGGCGGCCACGAAGAAGGGGACUACGAAGACGACGACACAAAACGGCGAAGAAAAAAAGCUAGAGUUUGACAGGGCAAAUGACAGCGGAAAGAACAGAAAGAAAGUAGUGAAAGACGACUAGCGCAGAGCAAACUUUUCGUCUUUUCCACAAUUUUCGGGCGCAUUGAGACAGGGAAGUAUCUCCCGAAAGGUGCGAACGAAUGGUGACUGUGAGGGGAGGCAGGAGAAACGAUCGCCAGACGCCGCCACAGGAGAAAACACGGAAAAGAAAAUGUGCGAUGUUUGCUCCGGGUUUCUGAAUCUUCUCGUUUCGUAUGAGUCGCGACUCAACGGUAGCAAUGACUCGGAGCAUCCGGUGUUUCUUCAGAAGCGGGAGGUCGAAACCGUUCUUAGCUACGUUCAGACGUGGCCCAACCGGCAGUGCAUGUGCUGCUACAGAGAUGUGAAAAAUUUCGACCGCUUCAAUCUGGUGGUUCAGGCGAUCAUCUACUUUACGGUGUACCAGCUGAAGAACAUCCGCAAACUUUUGGCUCAAAAUCAGCUGCAAGCCUCGGCCAGCGCGGCAUGCUCCGGCAUCCAGCAAGAUGCCGGGGCCAGUACGAGCGAACCGGAAGGAAACGCCACUGCUGCAGUACAGGGCGUAAAGGAAAGCAGAGAUGGAAGUGAAGCGCCUUCCGGAGAGCAACCUGCGCCGCUGGAAGAAGAAACCAAGUCUAAGGAGGAUGAUUGUGCGGUUGGUGAAAAAGCGGAAAAGAUCGAGGGUGCGGAGAAGGUGGUCGACAAACAACCGACCGCUGCCAAUCAACAAUCGAGCACCGGCGAAACCUGGACAUUGGUGGAUGUAGAAAAGCUGUUGAUGCUGGUUUCGAAGGUGUUUCUGCUCAACUUUCCGCUGUACGUGGCUUACAAGCACGGGGUGCACACUCGCCUGGACGAAGUAUCGGCACAGGAGGUGCAAACUUUGAGCAUCUUUUGUGAUCUACACGACAGCGAGAUACCGGCAUUUCUGUUGCGCAAUGUUUCGCUAUUCUGCAAUUACGCCGGAUUCGACGUUAUGAUGCAGUCCUUCGAGCAGCCAGGGCUACCGGUAUCAACAGCGCACGCCAUCACGGCCACGGCCUCGAACAUCAAGCUCUGGAUCAACUAUCGGUCGAUAAUGCAGCUGUUCAUACCACUGCGCGUCAAGGUGCUGCAGUACAUGUGCCGGCUGUCCGAUCAGGAUCUGCGCUCGCCGGCCACGAAAACAAUGGCUGAUUUCAUGUGGACCGCCAUCAAGGAUCCGCUCGAUUCGCAGAUCACCUUCGAUACGGAGGGGCUGGCACUAGCAUUCAAGUAUUUCACCUCGUCCACGCUGACAAUGCGACUUGCCGGAAUGACUCAAAUCAAUGCUCAUAUAAACAUUUUCAAUGAUAUUUGCACCUCUGAGACGGUGUCCGAGGUAGAAGCUGUAGGGCUCAAGCUGGCCAACUGGUUGACAGAAAACCAGAUCAUCUCGCACCUGUUCGGCCCGAAUUUACACGUCGAGGUUAUUAAGCAGUCGCAUAUUGUGCUGAAUUUUUUGGCAGUUGAAAAUCAGAUCACCGAGGAGCAUAUAAGCCUAAUGUGGCAGGCCGCCCAGCUGAAGCAUUGCUCCAAAACGAUUUACGACAUUUUGCCCUCGCUCGUGAAGAAUCUCGCCCCGAAACCAGCUGCCCAUUUACAUACUUUAUUAUGUCGGCUUGAUCCCCGGGAGCACACGGAGCAGAGCAUCUACAUAGCGUCUGCCCUGACGAAACUUAUAUGGAUGCGCGACUGCUCGCAUCAAACCUUGAUUGAUAUGAGUAAAUCCACCGCUGGAGUUCCCGGUGCCGUUGGUGGCAGUGGUGGUGGAGGUUCCUUCGGCGAAAUAUCAGCUAGCCGUAAUGACUACAACGAACUACCGUCAAGCUCGGAGAACAGUGUUAGCGUCGAUGGAAGCAACAGCGAAGAAGAGCAUCCCGAAGAGGAUAGCUCAGAUGUCGAUAUUCCGCCGAAUGCACCGAUAACUGCCGCUAGCCAGAAACCGGUGGUGGAAUCUCGCGAAGGAGAGUCAGACACUGGGGCUCCUCCGUGCAAGCAGGCGCGUCAUAAGAACUGUUGUGAUGAAAUCGAUGAGGACAAUAAGGUGGACUCCUCUGAUAUAUAUGACGUACGUCAGCGAAUGAAAGAAAAAUUAAGGAUUCCAUUGAUCACAAGAUCGAUGGGCGCUUUCAAUGACGAAGGCACGAGCAGUGAUGAAUGUAUUGAUGUAGAUGAAACCUUUUUACUGCGUAAGAAGUUG